UGUUGCCCAGCAAGACCAGACCAGGGGGCGGCAGGUCCCUCUCUCCCAGGUUCUCUACAGCUGUUUCCAACCGUCUGCGCUGUCCCGGGACCUGCCGUAAGCAACCCAGGAGCACUUUCCCCUGUGGGCCCAUGGGGCAGAGUUUGCAGCCGGAGCCGUCCGGGGAGAGGAGCGGUGGAAGGAAGCCCGACGAGAUGGCAGAGGAGGGCUCUGAGCUGGAAAGGGGCCUCCAUGCCAUCGUGGGCAGCUUCUACAGAUACGCCGAGGGCUCCGAGGGACCCAAGGAGCUGGACCAGGCGGCUUUCCAGACGUUGCUCAGCAAUGAGCUGAGCCAUCAGCUCACGAACGCAGAGGACCGGAAGGCAGCGCUGGACAUGUUUAAGACGGUGGAUGCCAACAACGAUCAGAAAAUCUCCUUCGACGAGUACUGGGAUCUCAUCGCAGAGAUUUGCCGAGUGAUCCGGCGUAGCCAUUAUAACGACGAGUGACCGGGGAGCUGUGUC